AACUGAACAUAAUGAAAUAUAUAUUAGUUGGAUAGGUUGGGAUAGUGAAAUUUUGGGUAAAUGACGUGGGAAAAUUAGAAGGAAGAACAUGCUGGCAAUCUCGUGGGAGGGUGUAUUUUAGGUUCUCUGAAAGAUUCUUUAGAGCUGCAUUGCUGAUUAUGUCCAGAUUUUGAAUUUUUAUAUGCAUGAUCAAGCUUCUUUUGGCUUAAAAUGACUUUAGAUGAUCCGUCUGCGCGGUCAGAGAAAUGAGACAAGUUAUUAUAUAUACAUAUAUCCGUAGAAUUACACACUAGGGCAUGAGUGAUAACUUUGAAAAUUAGCUUAACAGAUGAAUCUGCAAGUGAUGUGGGACACCACCAUUGGACCUUCUUGGAGAUCUGGUAUUGAUGGUUUAGCAGGAACAAGUUGAAAUGAAAAUGCAUUACCUGUACAUUAAUCUAGAUUUUUAUGGGUAUCAAAAUUUUCCAAAUUAAAUCCCUUCUGAUUUUUUUUUUUUGUUUGAAAUAUUAUAAAAAUAUGUUUGGGUUAAGAACAUAGUUUCCCUGAAGUUGAAAGGGAAAUAAGAAGUUUUAGUUAAGCUGAGGCAACCUUGAUUAAUUAAACAAUCAGCCACAAGAUAAUUCAAGAUUAAUCAAAGCUAAAUAAGAGUGGAUGGGUCGAUAGGUUGGGAGUCUUGAUCUUGGAAUAUGCUAGCAAUCACUAUUUGUGGCUGGGAGGAAUGCAAAAGAAGACCAAGUCAGCCAAACUACCAUUCUUGGAUUAUUCCAAUGAAAAAGGGUAAACCACUUAUUAAAAACUUCUCACAACCUUUUACCAUGCUUCCAAACGACCUUUCAGGUAAGCUUGGCUGGUCCUCAUCUUAGAAUAACCUCAAGCCUCUAGUACCUUUAUCCCCCACGCCAAAAAUAAGCUUACUUACAUUACAUUCAUUUUCUUGGUGACAAUUUUGCUAUUGUCACCUCCUCUCUUCCUCCUCAUUAGGCCGAAAGUAAUGAAGAGGAAGAUGAUGAAUAAAAUGUUAGCACAGGAAUGAACUAGAUAAAGAUUAUUCGUAUAGUGGCAUUAACAUAUUCCAGUAAUUUCAUCAAACAUAAACAAUUACAUUUACAGAAGAAGAAGAGUGAUAUUUAAGUUCUGCCAAAAUGAAUGAUUUAUUCUCAAAUUCGUUCAAGAAACACUCUGACCUCAAGCAGCAAGCCUAUCUCGAUGAUAUGGAGGCUGGGAGGGAGACUAUGAGUCUCGAUAAAUUCUUUGAUGAUGUUGAGAGUGUAAAGGAAGACAUGGAAAGUGUUGAGAAACUGCACAAGAGUUUACAAGAUGCUAAUGAAGAGAGCAAGAUUGUGCAUAAUGCCAAGACCAUGAAAAAUCUCCGUUCUAGAAUGGACUCAGAUGUGGAACAAGUCCUGAAACGUGUCAAAAUGAUCAAGGGAAAGCUUGAAGCUUUAGAACGUUCCAAUGCAACUGCAAGGAAUGUUCCAGGGUGCGGUCCAGGAUCCUCAGCAGAUCGAACGAGGACCUCAGUGGUUAGCGGUUUAGGAAAGAAGCUCAAGGAUCUUAUGGACAACUUUCAGAAUUUUAGGGCCCAAAUGAAUGCUGAAUAUAAGGAAACUGUGGAACGAAGGUAUUUUACAAUCACAGGAGAGAGGGCAAGCGAAGAAACAAUUGAGAAUUUGAUAUCAAGUGGAGAAAGUGAAAGUUUCCUGCAGAAAGCAAUCCAAGAUCAGGGUAGAGGCCAGAUUCUUGACACAAUAUCAGAAAUUCAAGAAAGACACGAUGCAGUGAAGGAGAUAGAGAAGAACUUGAUCGAGCUCCACCAAGUAUUCUUGGACAUGGCUGCUCUUGUGGAAGCACAGGGUCACCAACUCAACGACAUUGAGAGUCAUGUGGCGCAUGCCAGCUCGUUCGUGAGACGAGGAACCGGGCACCUUCAGGAGGCCAGGGAAUAUCAGAAAAGCUCUAGAAAGUGGACGUGCAUUGCCAUUUAUGGCUUCAUUGUCGUUCUCAUUUUGCUCUUAUUGCCUCUCUUACCAACAAUUUUGACUCUCUUGUAGAAGAUGAGAAGUGACAAAUUUCUUUGUCAACUCUGAAAAUAUGCAUCUAAUUUUCACCUUAUUCAAAAUUUGUUAGAUUGUAAAGCAACUUUGGAAAUUUUAUAUUUCAUUUCCUAA